GUGCGAAAAAGUAACUGCUUUUCGUUUCAAAACGAAAGGCACAGACGUAUUUUGUUGUCUCAAUCGAGCUGACUUCGAACUGUUUUUCUGUGUUUUCCCCCGAAUCGGAAAUGCGAAAUCCUCCAAAAUCCUGAUUUUCAUUCAAUUUGUUUUUGAAUGUGCAGCAGUUCAUCUAAUUCUGUAAAACCCUAGAAAAUUGGAGCUAUCGAGGAAGUUUUUGGACUGUUUCUGCUGUUUUUCUAGAGUGUAUCGAAGAGAAUCGUUUCGAUUUCUUACUUGUGAAGAUUGAGGUAUAGUAUUUCCGUUUUGUUUGGGUUGAUUUGUUUGGCUUUGAGAAAUGGGGAGCAGAAGAGAAGAAGAGCGAAACGAGAAGAUCAUACGAGGUCUCAUGAAGCUGCCUCCGAAUCGGAGGUGUAUCAACUGUAAUAGCUCGGGUCCACAGUAUGUGUGUACUAAUUUUUGGACGUUCGUUUGUACGACUUGCAGUGGCAUACAUCGAGAGUUUACUCAUCGUGUGAAGUCUGUAUCUAUGGCUAAAUUUACUUCCCAAGAAGUUGAAGCACUUCAAAUUGGUGGUAACCAGCGUGCAAAGGAAUUAUAUAUGAAAGAUUGGGAUUUUCAAAGGCAAAGAUUUCCUGAUAGCGGUAAUGCUGAUAAAGUGCGAGAAUUCAUAAAGCAUGUAUAUGUGGAAAAAAAAUAUGCUGGACCAAAGACAUCAGACAAGCCUCCAAGAGAUUUGCAGGGCCCCGGGAACCGUGAAGACGAGACAAGACGUGCCAGUUCUUACCAUUCUUAUUCGCAGAGCCCACCUUAUGACUAUCAGUAUGAAGAUCGACGCUAUGGAAGACAUGCUGUCGUGCUUACUAGAAAGCCCGGUUCAGAUAGAGGCCUUUAUGUUGGGAAAGCCUCUAGUUUUGUCUCAAGUCCUGGUGGUGUAAGUGAACAAAUGUACGAGGACAGAUUUGCUAAUGAGGGCUCUGUUUCUAGGUUUUCAGACUACUCAGUCUCUAGUGGAAGUGAUCCUGUUAGAUCUGGUGCUCAGUCUCCUUCUUUUCAGAAGGGCAGUGGAUUUUGCAGCCCACCGGUUCAGUCUUCAAGGGGUAUUAGGAGAGGUGCAGAAAGAAUUCCACUCCCACAGAGAGCGAAAUCGUUGGGAAGUUUUGGCUCAUUUGAUAGCAGUCCUAUUUCACUUAAGUCGUAUAAUUCGGGUAGUUUACUGGAUGUGGUCUUGGAACCCGAACACUCACCUGGAGCUCAGCAGGGUGGAAUAUCUGCUCAUCCGGAAUCAUCUGCUCCUAUGGGUUAUGAUAGCUCAGAGCUUUCUAAGGUGCCAGUUGCUCCAGAAAAGGAGUCUUCUGCAGCUGUACCUCUUGACUUAUUUCAUUCAUCUGCUGCAACUUUGGCCCCUGUGGAUUUGGUUCAACAGUCCUUGGCAACUCCAGCUCUGUCAACGAAUUUAUAUCAUGUUUCCCAAUCUACUCAGCCAUCAUCGCUUGACCUUUUUGCUAUGGAUGUCCUCCAGCAGUCUGCUACAGUCGGAAAUGAAAAAUCAACGGAGUUAUCAGUCCCAAAAAAUGAAGGAUGGGCCAGUUUUGACACUCCACCUUCUGCAUCCAAAACGGGGGCUGCAGUUGUGACAGCUGCAGUGAUCCCUGGCAAUGGGGUUUCCUUUGUAGAUUUUGAUCAGCAUUCGUCUGCAAAUUCAAGCAUGCAGUGGCCACCAUUUCCUAAUGCUCAGGAGUCGUUCUUGAUGCCUGAUCCAUGGCAUGUUGGUGUGCACAAUAGACAAACCCGCACAAAUACAAUGCUGACUCAGUCAUGGAAUGCCUUUGACGGUUCAAUUACUUUAAACGGCAAGCACAGUGAUGAAUUACAAGUAGCACCACAGGAGCCUUCAUUUACUUUGGAUCAUUACUCUGGACCGAGAGUUUCAGAGGUUUCCACAUCAGAGUUUCAGAAUUCCCCUUCUGAUGGAGUUUGUCCACCCAGUCUAACCUCACAAGUCACAGGGCUAUCAUAUACUCCAUCAAUGCCGCCUCUAAUGGAGGGGACAGUGCCAAAUGCAACUGAUUAUAAAUCAACAAACCCAUUUGAUCUUCUGUAUGAUUCUAAUUUGGAGCAGACCAAUAUGUUCAUGGAUAUGAGCUCUUUCCAAGCCGCACUGCCAAAUUCUGCAGUGUCAUCCACAUAUCUUGGUGGAGUCACCCCAUCUUGGUUUCCUCAGGAUUCUGUGGCAGCUUAUAUCCCAGCUGCCUCACAAGGUGGCGUAGCAUACAUGGCAGGGCAAGGAACAAGUUCUCAAUUACCGAAUGUCCAGACACAAGGUUCUGUUGCUUCUGUAGGAGGAAAUCCAUUUGCUUAGGGAUCCAGUCAGCGGAAGUAGUAUCCUCAUUCUUCAGUCGGUAGCAUAUGUCUCCACUAUUUGUAGCCAUCGAUUUUAUACACCAGAAAUAUUUUUAUUCUUAAUUCCAACAUCCGCCGCCCUCCUCCUCCUCCUCCUCCUCUUCCUCCCCACCCACCAUUGGAGGCCACGAAAUUGACUCUUUUUCUUGGUGUGCCCUGGCCUUGUAUUUGUGUCAAAUACGUUGCAGUGUUUUGUCUUUGUUGUUAGUAUCGUGUGGAUGCCGUUGCAAGAGCAAUAUUUUUCUUCCUUGCAGUGCUUUAUAGAUUUUUUUUUUUGUGGAAUUAAUUCGGUAAUCCAAGGUAAUUAUUUUGAAAUCUUCA